AAAGUACUCGAUAGUUACUGAGUGAGAUCCAUCAAAUAUUUUCUGUACCGAUCUUUUCUAUUGAAAACGCGUGUGUGGCCAUAAUGUUGGCUGCGGAAGGCUUUGCUCAGCUGACGACGCUGCCUAACGAGUCGAGUGUAUCCGCAUCAUCCGCGCCCAGUCUUACGAAUCCUCAAAAUGACAGAGAUAUCCACCGAGACUCUUUGGAUACGGCCCAUUCCAUACGCAGCUCUACCUCGAGCCAAAAGCGCACCAUUAGUAUGUUCAACCGUGUCAUGGGGCGUAGGAGGAAUGAUUAUUGUGCCGACUCGGCACGCCCCCAAGAAAUUUCCACCCCGGCACCUCGCGGAUCGAAAUCAAGUAGUGGCACCGGUGGUGCUUUGAGUGGGAGUGCCAACGAUGGUAGAGGCUCAUCGUGGAUAUCUUUUGCUGGUCGUACUUUCUUUACAGUAAAUCGUUCCACCGACGUUCUUGGUGCACCCGAUGACGAUACAUUCAGUCAUUCAUUUCGUUGUGGCACAAUCCGCGCUGAACAACGCAAAAUGUUUUUUGUACGUGUCGUUUCCUCGACUUUCUGGCGCGUACUGCUGAUUGUUUUUACUAUAAUUUUGUUCUUUGGAGCAGAAUUUCGGACGCUGGUCUUGCCGAAAGAAGCGGAUCCCUAUAUGGAUGGCAUUUUCACUGUUGUCCUGGUGGUUUUCUUGGUGGAUAUUGGCAUGCGCAUAGAUGUCGAACCGAAUUAUUUCAGCAUUCACCUUUACUGCUGUCAUUCCGCGCCCCAUGAAGAAAAAUCGAUCCAUGGAAGCUGCAGCAAUAGCUGCCAUUUCGGAUCCUUCAUUUUUUAUUGCGAGCUCUUGUCGACAUUGGUACUGUUGUCUGAAAUAUCUUACGUCAACACCGCAAAAUUUUCUGAGCAGACAUUGCACAUUGUUUUGAAUCGAUUUGGUGUUCCGGAAAGGGGUCUUGCCGAUGUCAACCAAGCGGCUCCUAUUGAAACCGAUACGGACCUUUUGUUGGCAGUCGUCAAGGCUGCACGCAUUGCCCGUUUUCUUCGAUCCUCUGCAGCUGAAACACUAGCAUCCCGUAUCAAUUGGUACCGGCUUUACAAUUUGAUUCGUCCGCGUGCCUGGAUAAAUUCCUGUCUAUGCGGAUUUGGAAGGCUAAGUCGAACCAUCGAAACAGAUACUUUCGAUGCUAGUAGUCGUGGCUCUCUCCGAAGUGAUUCCAACGGGCCAGAAGAUGGCAUGCUUCGACGUUCGUCCUGGGGUGGUGUUGGACUAGGUGUACUUGCCGCCAUUCGAGCCAAGGCAGAAGCCGAAGAAGCUAGAAAACACGAUAACUGGUGGAAGCGACUUCCACACGCGCUCGGUAUCGUACAGAGAGAUACUAAGCGCUUCAAACGACAUCUUGCAGCUACAAAGAUCCAACGAGCUUGGCGAGCAGUCCUUUCUCAUCGUCAUCUCACUGAAGAAGGAGAGAGCGAAAGGAAUGAAAGUGAUGUAGCUUGGAGAGGCCGUGUCAUUGCUGGCAAUCCGGUAGAGAAGGCCUUGAUGAAAAAAUCCUUUUUAAAUCAGUAUGCGUUGCAAAAUAACAAUGGUAAACGUUGGGGUACUCGAUCCGUUUCGGACGAUGGCGCGGAAAUACCGCAUCGUCCACUAUCUUCGUUGGCAAGAUUGGGACCUUCGCGAAGUAAGAUCAAAGUUGGAGCAACGAUGCGGGAACUCACUGGACAGCGGGUUGCAUUGGGUAUAAUGGUGGCUCUGCUUGUGACAGUUCUAUUCACUUAUACUGAAAGCGAUGCCACGCGUCCCACAGCUAUGAUUGUCCUACACAAUCAGACUGCCGACCCUCUUUUUGCAGACCGUGCACUCGACUCGACAAGGUCGCGAUGUCUGCCUAGUCUGUUUUACUACAAAUUCGGGGAUGGAACCAAUCGUUCGUUUGAUCUGGAAGGAGAAGACAUUAAUAGGCUACGUGGUCGGGAACGCAUUCGUAUUACGAUCACCCGAAAUGGCGGAAACUCUACUGUUGGCUUGUUCUCUUUCAAGGACGAGCUGCAAGAGAGCGCACUCAUCACGCUAUCAUCAACAAUCUUUGUUCUGCUGGUUUGGUUCUUUGGAGUUACUGCGUUCGCAGGCCCUGUAAUGAUACUCGUUGUAAUUCCUAUUGAACGGAUGGUCCGUCUUCUGGGGAUGCUCAUGCGCGAUCCUCUUGGCUAUCAGAGCAAUCUUCGAUACAAGAAAUUCGUUGCCGAAGAAAACAAUAUAACGAGAAACACACGAUGGACAAAGGAUGUAUUGAAAGGGAUGGAAACGUCGUUCUUGAUGUCUACUAUCCUACGAAUAGGCUCGUUGAUGAAAGUUGGGUUUGGCAGUGCUGGCGUGGAAAUCAUUCGCAGAAAUCUUGAGAGAGGUCAAACCAAAAAUAUGCUUGAUUUGAACUCCCAAGGUUCAACGGUUUCGUGCAUAUUCCUGUUCUGUGACAUUCGACAAUUCACUGAUGCAACAGAAUGCCUUCAAGAAGAAGUUUUCGUUUUUACGAACCGUAUAGCAGGGGUCGUUCACUCCAUAUGUCAUUCGUAUGGCGGAUCGGCAAACAAAAAUAUCGGAGACGCCUUUCUGUUGAGUUGGAUACUGGAUGAAUCGGGCGACUCGGGAACGAUGGUCUCCGAGCGCACGCGUGGCCAUGCAAGAAGCGGAAAUGAUAAUUUUGUGGCGGACAAGAACCAGGCGGACAAAGCCUUACUUUCGGUUGUCAAAAUCUGUGUUGCUCUCCACUACGACGAAUAUUAUAUUAAGAACAUGAGCGACCACGCCCGUCGAUCCCUCAUAGCUAAGCUAUCGAAACGCAAUGGGCCUGUUGUACAGAUGGGCUUCGGGCUUCAUGCUGGCAAGGCCGUACAGGGAGCGAUAGGAUCGCAGCGAAAAAUUGAUGCGACCUAUGUGUCGGAAGCAGUCGAACGCGCGGAGUUCUUGGAAUCAUCGACGAAAAAAUAUGGAGUUCAGAUGUUGCUAUCGGAUAGCUUCCACAGACUACUCCAGCCGAAAACGCGUGGUCGAUGUCGAAAGAUUGAUCAGGUACUGGUUGGCCGAGAGGAUGAAAACGAGGAGGCAGACUACGAUGCCGUGUUGGAAUUGUUUACCUUUGACAUGGACAUUGCCGCCGUGUGGCGUAACCAACCUAAGCCUACCAUAGCUGAUGUGUCGGAUUCUGAUUCUGAAUCAGCAGCUGACAGGGGGAAAAGCCAUGGGUCAAAGCGGGAUUUUUCAUCAAAGAACUCCUCUUCAAGACGCCCUGUUCUGCAGAAAGGAAACCGCCGGCGAAACAUUCUUAACGGAUUUUGGGAUGGGGCUAGCGACGAAUUGAACGACAGUAAUCUGGGAUCUCUUGGAAGCGCAGUAAAUGGCAAUCAAGACAAACGAGAAAAUGAAGCCGAUGGCGGUCCCCCAGAGUUGAUUUUGCCAGUUGGCCCAGCUUUGUACAAUGCAAAUGUGUGGGUGAGCAAGCAGAUGAAACAGAUACGGGUGAAGUUCUAUGAUGGAAUUUUUUUUCAAACAUUCAAUUCGGGAUUGCAAGCCUUCUAUCUUCGAGACUGGGAAACGGCAGCACAGUGCUUUUCGACAAUCUUGUCCAAUUUUGAGGACGGUCCCUCACGCUAUUUUUACAAUCAAGUUUGGGACGCAGAGAAAAGUGCCCUUCGCAAGCCACCACGUUCAUUCCGAGGGUACGGGAUUGCUUGAAUUGAAAGGAACAAAUGCAAAGGAACUUAUAUUGUGAACAGAACAACAACUUUUAAUGCCAACAUUUGCGAAUGCAAUUUCGAGCACUGACGUAAGAACUUAAUGAGAUUUGUGAAGAAUAGGACCAUAUGUUCUCCUUUCAGCUAUCCACUCUUGAAACACUUUGCUGCCGGCAGAGCCGAACGUAGAGAGAAAGAAAAGAUUCCAGUUUGAUGGGUUCCAGUUCCACUAUUUGAAAAUCGCACUCAGGGCAUUCGCGUGGAGUCUGUCGCAACGAAAGGACGGAAAAGCGAAAGAGGCGCCUGCGUGCUCGAAACGCUUGGGCCAAACUUUUCAACUGACAAAUUCGCUUCUCUUCUGUCGGGUUUAGCGCUACACUCGAGAAGCCGUUAUCAAAAGACACCAAACGGGUCACGAGCGCAAGUGGUAAACUCCAAGUUCGGAGCUUUGAUCCGCCACUGUCAACUUUGACAAGAAGUUGCUGAUUUCGCAAAACAAUCAGAUCAGCAAUGUAGCCCACGGCUGUCUUUUCCGUUCGUCCCUGGAACAAGGGCAGUCCUGCGUUUAAAGAAUUUGAAAUAGCACAGAGUCGAGCUCGGCCACGUUCGGCUUUCGACCAUUGUCUCAACUUUCCGAUUGAAGGCUCGUUCGACUUAAAAGAAACACUGGAAUCUCUCGUAAAGAUUGCAAAAGGUUGUGAUGUGAAAAGAUCACACGCGGGCAACGUGAGAUCUCGAAAAACCGCUUCACCGAAAUGACCACUUUCUACUUGAUUCACAGCAAAAACAGACCCACACCGCACUUGAUCAUCGUAUUUGAUGAGCAGGGCGAGACCGGAACGAUCAGUGAUGCAAAGAUGGCCACAUUCUGUUCGGCUUAGCCAAUUCAUUCCCACAACACAGCCAACAACAUUUACUCGCCUAGACGAUUGUACGGCGCCACGAUAUAAGUCCUUCGCAAGCUUGUGUACUUGAAACAGAUUCAAUUCGGUUUGAACAACUGAGUAGGAAGCUGACAUAAUGGGCUUCAAUCGAGUUGAGCGAUUGCCGGAGAGCUGGAUAAGUCCUUCAUAACGACUGUCUUUCACAGUGAGAUUCUCCAACCGUACUUUGGAGCCUUCUGAGAGAGCUCCGAGCUGUUCGUCUGAUGGAUUCCAAAGAGUCAACAUGGCUUGCUCAUCCAUGGAAGGAUUGUUAACGUUUUGAAUUAAGACUCGGACGAAAGGAACACUUUUUGAAAUCAAAAGGCUCUCGUUCAAUUGGAAUUCAACUCGUUUACGCACAGAGUCUGCGAUCAGUUUAGAUCGGCGCUCAUUCCACUCCAGAAUUUCCUUUCUGCAACUACCAUCGAUUUCAUUAUCGGCAGCGGUCAGAUCCAAACCAUUGGCGACAAGUUGCUUCCAAGAAUUCGGGGCAUUCUCGUCUACAUCCUGAAAAAUCGCGUGAAGAGAUGAGAAACAAUUUGAAAAGCAUAGGAUAAAAGUAGGAUGACUUACUCGUUCACAAUCCAACUCUGCGGCUAUUGUGAACUGAUCCACCAGACACGACUUUCUAAGUUCGAUCUCUUGCAAUCGACGAUUCUCCUCUUUUUCGCUCAAGACCCUUCCUCUACGGCUCACUAUGUUGCCAUCAUCUUGCUUGUCG